AUGCAGAGGGCGGGCAAUACACCGACGCAGAAUGUCACUCCUUUCUUCUCUUCCUCGAAUUUCUUCGGCGGCAGCUCCAACAGCAACCUGAGCAGCAGCAGUAACAGCAGAUCGCGGCCAGGAACCAGCUCGGGCGAUCCAGGCGCGCAGCAGUCCGACCAGCAGCCGCCGCAGCGGAACGUGCUCACCAAGGACCGCAAGGGCUCCUUCAGCCGCAAGUCGUCCUUCUCGUCCCCGGGCAAGAAGAGCAGGAGUAACUCGAUCGCCGCCAAUGCUGGCCCUGGCGCCGGCGGCCUGAGUGGAGGACGUCCUGGGAUCACCGUCAUCACCGACAACGCCGUCCCGCCUGCCUUGCCGGACUUUGCCCUCGCCGCGGCCGCGAAGCUGUCCCGCGACACUGAGGCCCUCCAGUCGCCCGCUUCGACCGAGUCCUUCUCCAAGAUGUUGAGUCGCACGGCCCCGACGCCCGUCAAUGGCUACUCGGCCUCGUCCCUUGGUCCCUCCGCUGCUGGAGGGACGCAGACAGAGUCAUCCAUGGUUCACCAGCACAUACAAGAGAUGGCCAACAAGAGGAUAUCAACGUUAGACUAUUUGCGCAAAGCGCACGAAGGCCGCGUCUACUGGUUCAACACACUGCUGUUCGACAAGCCAGACCUGGCGCGCAUGCCGUAUUUCGACUCACGCAAGCUUGCCCGCCGCGCCACCAACUACCUCCUCCUCGGGCUCUCUCUCCCCGUAGUGGUCGACCUCUACGCCUCUACGCCCAUCGAGUUCCUGCGGAGUCUCAACACGCUGCUGACCGAGUUCGACUCCUUCCAGCAGCUGCACUCCGAGAGCGGCGGCGCUUCAAGCUCGCUGUCGCGCGCCCGCCUGCCGCAGAUGUUCCGGAGGACGGCGCCGGGCUCCAAGGGCCGUCGAAGCAGCGCGGCCAACGACAUCGGGUACCCGCUGGAGCCGACGGACAGCAACGGCGGCAGCAGCGCCGCCGCCUCGUCCUCAGUGGGCUCGGGGACCGUCAUGAACUUCGCGGCGAGCGAAACGGAUCUGCUACCGGGCGAGGAGUACACCCAUCUCUUGACGCCCAGCCUGCCGUUCGACCCGGACUUCUUCGAGACGUUCGCCACGCUGUGUGACGUCCUCAUAGACUGCUACACGAAAUUACUGAGCCUCGUACCCACCCCCCGCGAGUGCUCAGGGCCCGUCGCGGAGUUAUUUACGAAAGCGGACUCAAAGGUCCGCAAGAUUAUCAUCCAGGGAGUCGUCAAGGAGUUCGAGGACUCGAGUCGAAGUGGAAUCAAGACCGAGGUGGCCAAUGUUGGCAAGGUUGUCUUAGGCGGGCUGAUGUAG